AGGAAGAAGUAGAAGGUGACCGCGCCUUAAGCCGGGCCUCUCCUCCGCCAGGGGCCUCUCGAAGUUGAGACGAAUUGAGGCGGGAACCGUGGCUGCUGGAGGCGACAUGAAGUCGGGGCCUGUUGGAGCGACGCGGGGCCGUCCUCAGUUCCUGCUGCUGGUCUUGUGGGCGCUGCUGCUUCUGACCCACUCUUCGGAGGAAGAGAAGAAACGGGAAAACACCAGAGAUGUAAUUUUUGAUAUUUGUGCUACUUGCCAUGCAAAUGCCACAUGUAUACAAAAAGAUGGCAAAGAUAUCUGUGAAUGCAACUAUGGAUUUAUGGGAAAUGGAAUAACAAUCUGCCAUGAUAAAAAUGAAUGUCUUUCUGGCAUUUGCGGUGAACAUGCUGUAUGCCAUAACACACACGGAAGCUACUACUGUGUUUGCCACGUAGGCUUCCAGCCUUCCAAUAAACAUGAAACAUUUAUUCCCAAUGAUGGCACAAAAUGUAUAGUUGUGGAUUGUGGACCUCCACCUUAUAUUCCAAACACUCUGUCAGCUCCUGUGAAUAAAACCACUUAUGGAAACCAAAUUCUUUAUGUUUGUCAGCCUAAUUAUAUCCUUAAAAGUGGAAACUCAGCUGCGGUUUGCAAUGCCAAAGGAAAAUGGGAAGGUGCAGAUAUGGUGUGUAAAGAAAUAGACUGUGGAAAACCACCGUGGCUGCCAAAUGCAGACAUUAUCUGGAAUAACAGCACAACUUUAGGGAGCACCGUAUACUAUAAAUGCAAGGAUGGAUUUCAGUCUUUUGGAGAACAUAAUUUUUCACAAUGUAAAAUAUCUCGCAAAUGGGAAAACAUUACUUUUGAAUGCAAGGAAAUCAUUUGUGGCCAACCUCCUGUACUGUCUUUCUCAAACGUGAUAUGGAAUGGGUCUACUCAUCCAGGAAGCACCGUAGAAUACAACUGCAUGAAAGGUUUCUAUUCCAUGGGGACAAAAAGUCAUUCUGUUUGCACCAGGAAUGGAUCUUGGGAAAUGUUGGAUUUAAGAUGUAAAAAAGUGCAAGACUUCGUUGAUGUUACAUGGAAAGAUCCUUGUGUAUCAUGGAAGAGACAUUAUGGAAGCGCUGGAGUAAAUGAAACUUAUCAAGUUACUAUGUUGAUGCUAGGAAAUGAAUCAGAGGACACGACAGAUAUGUUGAUCAAACCACCCGCCACUGAAAUGACUGUAAAUGUGUGUUUGCAAUUACGGCAACACACAAAUUACACUGUGGACAUUAUUGCAGACUCUCUUAAUUUGCGUUUACGGCUCAGAAUAGCACAUCCAGUAAUUCAUCCAGUGGUUGAAAAGACAGUAUUCAACAAUAUCUCCAUAUUUAAUGACACCUGUAUUAAAUGGCAGAGAGUCCCAGGAAGAAGACAGUCUGAGGAAAACUACCUGAUUCACCUAGUGGGCCUACGCUGGUAUCAGAAGGAAUUCAGUCAUGAAAUGAUUCUUAAUUUUACCACAGAUUCUUGGAAUCCAGAAUUGUGCCUCAAUUUAUCUUCAGGCAGCAAUUACACUGUAAACAUCUCCACUGCUGACCUAAAUCAUAGUGUCCUCAUCAAUUUGAGCAUCCCAUUAGCAGAUCCACCAUCACCACAAGUAGAAUUCAUGUCAACACAACACUUUAUACCAUUAUUGAGCUUUCUGAAAGCUGAAGGAAAAAAUGGUCCAAUCAGUUCUUACCAAGUGAUUGUCAUUCCUGGGAUUCCGCUCUGCAACUUUAAUUGCUACUCCUUGACCAACCACUCCUACUUCACCAAAGGUUCAGAAUCUGGUGGCUACGUGACAGCUGAGUUCUCAGCCAAGAGCAUCCCUGAGAACAGGUUGACCUUUGUUCUCGGAGACCGACUAUAUUAUGGAGGAUUUUAUAAUGCUCCCUUGAAACCAAGAAAAGCGUAUUGCAUUGUACUUAGGACUGUCAGCAAGUGGAAUUGGAUGAGAACGCAGUCCUGUGUAAUAUGGGCCCAUAUUAGAGAUAUAUCAUUUCCAGUACAGCACUUGACUAUUGUUAUUUUAAGCUCAGUUGCUGCUAUCAGUACCAUCUUUUUAUUAUUACUCUGCCUAGCAUGCAGCACAUUCAACUCCAGCUGAACCGCCAAGAAAAUGUUUUUUUUUUUGAUAGACUGGAUAUUUAUCAACUGCUAUCAAUACUGCCCAAGAAAGCAAUGCAUGGUUCUGCAAAUGCUUUUGUCUAAUAGAUACAACUCCUGAUCAUUUGGAAGAGAAUAAAAACAAGACAUAGAAAUACAGAGCUAUCCUUCAGUGCUCAAGAGGUGGAAACCCCUUGUGCAAAAUAUCAUCUGUCUUCUCUCGUUUAAAAAUAGGUUUUCAUACCUUGUUUUCUUCAUGUAAUUUUCAAUCUUGAAGCUUGUUAUGUUUGUUAACACACAUACACAUUUUACAUCCAGAGCGUGUGUGUCUUCUGUUUCAGUUCAUGUUAAGACAUUGAAUUUAUUUUUGUAUGGGGAGUUACUAAAUAUUUUUAAAUAAGAAUCUUUAGUAACUCUUUAAAAAUAGAACAUUUAUAUUAGAGGGCCAAGUUAAAACCAGAAAUACGCAUUUCUGAAAAUGAGUUAAAGCUGAAUUUGUUUUCCUUUGAAAGUAAGAGGACUUUUCCCUUUAUUUCAAUAAUAUCUAUCCUUACUUUUGUAAUUUGGAUCCACUCAUUAGGUGUACAUUUCUACUGCGUUGUUUAAUG